UGCGUCUGUGUUCACUUAUUGCACAAUAAUUUGUUUAAGCUUUUGAGAUCAGUAAAAGGGCACCAAUGGCAAGGAGAGAGGGAGAUAGAGAGAGAGAGAGAGAGAGAGAGAGAGAGAGAGCGAGAGCAAGGUGGGGUAAAUAAGAGUGUAAUUACUUAAUUAGAAAGCUUUUGAGUCCGCCGACCUCCCUCAGAGGAAGAGCGUUUAACCAAUCAGAGAGCUGCUCUGUAGCCGGAGAGAUCGAAGUACGUCAAAAAGUUGGUGGCAGCACUUCAAGCUGUCAUUACCCAUAGAGAGGAACAAAGAAACCUCGUCAUAGCGCUACUACAAAAUAGCAGGACAAAUACAGCGAGCAAGCUUACUGAGCAGCGAAGUGUAAAAGAUUGUAUGCAGAAUAGAUUUCGCAAAAGGUAUGCAGCGUUAGUAGGGUAAUUUAAGAGAGAAAACUAGCCUACUUCUCCCAUUAUAGUCUAUUUUUGGGUGCGCAUUUUUGUUUUCGCUUCGAUUUGUAGUUUAGGAGAAAUAUAACAGUAGCCUAUAGCAUUCUGAAUGCAUUGAAGCAGCGGGACAAAAAAAUAAAACAAGCGGGGAAAGUACUGUAAGGACCCAUAAUCUCAGGUUACGGUUCCUCUCACGUCAAGCUGCAAACCUUCAAGUCUAUGACCAUGGACAAGUCUAAGAACUUUCGUAUCGAUGCCCUGUUAGGUGCGGAAUCACGGCACUUCAGUCGCACCGGCUCACCAACUCACUACGGGGACAGCCUGGAAGGCAAACAAGUGCUAUGCCGACAGACGGAAACAUCUCCGCCCCGCGGGACACCCGGUGCUAUUCCAAUUCAGAAUGGAAUUAUCCCCAAGCCGGGCCUUUGGAACUUCACAAACCCGGGAAUAACGUCACUGUCUCAAACUUCCAUUCCGGGAAUGUAUCCGGCGCCCAUGUUCUCUUUGGCCCCUCUAGGAGCACAGCAUCCUGCGUUUUCUUACUCCGGCUUCACGCACAUGCCGUACCCCGAGCAUCUGAAGGCGGCUGCGAUGGCUGGUGGAUUUCCUCUGGAGCACUGGAUCCGGGCGGGGAUGAUGAUGCCACGUCUCGCAGACUACAACAAUCCUCAGGCAGGUCUGAUGGGGAAGUGUCGGCGGCCCAGAACGGCCUUCACCAGCCAGCAGCUGCUGGAGCUGGAGAACCAGUUCAAGCUGAAUAAGUACCUGUCCCGGCCCAAGCGCUUCGAGGUGGCCACCUCCCUCAUGCUCACUGAGACACAGGUGAAGAUCUGGUUCCAGAACCGUCGCAUGAAGUGGAAGCGGAGCCGCAAGGCCAAGGAGCAGGGGGCAGAGGCGAGGCUCCUGGGGUCCAAACGGGCCGGCAAGUCCAGCGACAACCGACGUUCCAGCGCCCAGGACGACGACGACGACGACGACCUGGAGGGCGAGGAAGAAGAGGAGGAUGAGGAGGCAGACGAGGCCGAGGAGGAUGAGAUGGAGUUGAGAGCCUCCGUGGGGGCGGUGGGAGGAGGAGGGGCGCGGGCGGUGGCGCCCCGUCAGGUUGACUUCUCACAACACUCCUCGGAGCUCAGCUACAGCUCCCAUGGCUCCUACUCAGAGGACGAGCUGGAGGAGAUGGGUACGGACAGGAAGACCAGAGUGGGCUUAUGAGGAUGUGACAUCAAGGCCGUGCCAUGAGCCAUGCUUGCACCCUUGAAAUGCACCUUUUAUAGGUAUGCACUUUUUUGUGUCAUGGUUGAAGGGCACAGAGUGGGACGUUCAAAUCUGCCUUCAUUCUUUCUCACUCUCGACCGCUUGAGACUUGAGGCUCACCCCGCAAAAUACUUCGAGGUGCACUUCAGAGGUGCAAGUGUGCAAGUGCACAAGUGUGCAUCAAUGGGACGAGGCCCUACUCCGCCAGCUCUUGCUGAAUUACAUUCCACUUCCUGACUCUGGGUGACCACUGAAACUAUUCCCACAUAUUAUAUACUGAAUAGGCCACUGUCUUCAGCAACUUGGACUGAAGUUACUGAUGGAGUGUUUUCACUUGAAAAUAAGGACAAGAAAAAGACUGUUACCCGUUAUGGAAUCAGGAGGAGGUGACCUUCAUUUGUCUUCUACAAAGGCAGCUCAACUCCUUUUAGUUCCUCUGAAAUUACCCCACAUUAUGCCAUUGUGAUAUAGCUUACUUUACAUAUUCACAGUGUAAAAUCAGAUCAGUCCUAAGCCUUCCUCUUCCACAAGAAAAUAAUAAGAAGAUCCUUUUUCCUUUUGUAUCUAAACAGCCUUUUGGAGAAGAGAAGAAACGGUGCCAAUUUACAAACCAAAUAGCGGUGUUAUUGCAAUUUAAUCCCAAAUAGUAUUGUUUGAAGGCAAUACUUCUGACUCAGUUAUAAUUAUGUCAGUCUUGCCUGGCCCCACAUAUACACGUCAUCAUCAGAGGACUCCUGAUCUGAACAAAGAAGCCAUGCCAGUUGAUCUCUGUAUUUACUUCUGGUUUUGAAAAAAGAAAGUCACUUAAGAUAAGUAAACUGUGAGCACUGUACAAAUUAGGGAUUUUUUUUUUCGCCUUCUACCUAUCAGUGGUGUCAUUGUUUUAAUGUUAUUUAAAUGUUUUAAAUUAUAUUUAAUUUAUUGGCUUUUAAAUAAAUUAUAGUAAUUAUUCCCAUUCACUGUCU